CUAUAGGGGGCAGUGUGACGCAGGCAUUUGUCACGCAUUUUUAAUUUCUCAAAAGUAAAUCCACGAGGAAGAUGAAUUAUGGUGGGCGCAGUGGAGGUGUGUUGUUUCGUGGUGGUGGCGGUACUGUGGGGAGCCACCAAUCCAUUUUUAAAGAAGGGUACAGAAGGCAUUGAAAGGGUAAAGAAGGGGAAUAUUAUCCUUCAGUUCCUGGCCGAGGUUAAGUUCCUCUUCCUCAACUUCAAGUAUUUGAUUCCAUUCCUGCUGAAUCAAGGUGGAUCUGUGGUCUACUACUUCACUUUGGCCACCACAGAGUUGUCCUUGGCCGUGCCAGUCGUAAACUCCCUCACAUUCCUCAUCACCCUGCUCACAGGCCGGUUGCUGGGCGAGGACUUUGGUGGGAAACGAGCUGUGUUUGGGAUGCUGCUGACAAUGCUAGGGGUCUCUCUCUGCAUCAUCAGUUCAGCCUCUGAGGCCAAGGAUCCCGCCCCGUUCAACACCACACUGACCUGAGGACAAAAAAACACACCCAGCUCUGGAAGUAGGGGCCUGAUUACUGCGGUUGGUGUCUGACAUGCCAGCCCAGAUGGUUAUUCAGUCUAAUGGUGGUUGAGCUGUCAGUCUGUGUCAGCACUUAAUCCUUGUUGCUGCUGUUGCGUAGCCCCUAGCUGUGUUUGCCAAUGGCAGACUCAAUUAGACUACUCUUAGUAAUGUGUUUACAUUCUGCUGUUGCUGUUGCUGUGUCCAUCUAUGCUCUACAGUACAGUAGGCAGUGCAAUGCAGUGUCGUUAUUUCCAUGCUGCUCUUACACAUAAUCUUUCAAGAUCAGUAGCAUCUUUACUCUUGUGGUGUGGUAGUAUCCUUUCGUUGGAGGGAAGACUACGUUUUGUAAAUACUUUUUUCUUGUCUUCACAAAAACAGUGGCUAAAUGGCAUUCCUCAAACACCGAAGCGUGUUAUAUAUAUAGUUACCUAAUUUUCCACGCCAUUUUGGGAAUAGAAGCACUUCAUUAUGGUAACUUGUUGAACUAGUACGUAACAGAUAGCAUUACAUAUUUGAUACAACUUGAAUAUGCGAGCGACCAUGCUUCAGUAACAUUGUGUUGCUUCUGUAUCCAGUCAGUCUUACAGUUUUUCCUGAUUGCUAGGACACAUUUUCUGAAACAAUUGACAAUUUUCUCAUAACUACACAUACAUUAUGAAAUAAGUAACACUCACAUCGGUACAACCAUCUAACUACCAGGUUUUUGAAUGUUUCAUCUCCAGCAAGCAAACACAUGCUGAUUGACAGAUCUACAGUGGCUCGCAAAAGUAUUCAACCCCCUGAAAGUUAUUACUGUUUCCACAUAAAUGCUAGUCUGAUGGGAACUACAGUAACAUUAGCCCAAACGAUAACAUAUUGGGAGUGAUCUUUUUGCCCUGAUUUGAAUUUCUGCGCUGAGAAUGACCAUUUUGAUGACUGAAAAGCAGUUUGUUGCUCAUCAGCAGACAUAGUGUCUGCCUUUUAGUUACCAAAACAAAAACAUAAUUCAGCAAUUACUGAUGUCAUCCAUUACAGUGAUAUUCAGUUGUUAAAGAAAACACAAUGAGACCAAGGUCCAUGUGUGGAUACAGUCCCUACUCACACUCCAGGUGUACAGAGCAAUACAGAUAUUGCAUUUACAGCAAUCCAAAUGGCUCACUGUAAGUUUGGCCACACACAUUGUCCAGCUUCAUCAUAGUCAUUCCAGAUAUGAGCACAUGAUAAAUGAUGAUGAGGAUGAUGAAAUUCCUGUGAAACUACUUGUCUUUGAUAUUGUGGUCUUUCUCCUCCUGGUCCUCAUCCUCUUUGUGCUUGUCCUCCUUUGGUGACCCCUCUGGUGACCCCUUUGGUGACCCCUCUGGUGGAUACAUUGUUCACUAUUGUUGUUCACACCAAUGUCCCUUAUUAUUUCAUUCUGCAAUUCUUUUUGAUGUGUUUUAAUAGUGUUGGGGCUUAGGGUUUCCACCGUGAAAAAGGUGUGCUUGUUUAAUUCAGAUGCUGAUGCCUUGAGUGUAUUGAACUGAUUGCAUGUGUCUACUAAACGGGUAUAACGUUUACACAUUGAAAGAUGUGUGAAUAGUAUUUACUGUUAUGAGAAAAGUGUAUGUCUUUUGAGAACCCAGGCAAAGCUAUCGUUAUUCUUGCCGAGGGAACCAGUGAUGGUGUGUUAGCAAACAGGAAAAACUGUAAAAUAAUGUGACUCCAAGGCUGUGCAGCUGAUUUCAGUGGAGAGAAACCUAGUAUAUUUUUAGAUGCUGAUCUUGCUGAAAGCAAGUAUAUUUUGUCAUAGUGCCUGUGUCUGUAUUUUUUUUCUGAAACCAGAUGAUAUUUGAAGAAGGGUUCGUUCUGAGAUGUAUAUACUAUUACCUGAGGAUGUGAGACAGAUUAUUCUAAAUAAAGUAUUUAUUGAUUAAUACA